GAGCAGCUUCACAAGUACUUUUAUCAAAUAAAAUGUAGUUUAUUAAGAAAAGUUUUUAUAGUAAAAAGAUGAAGAAACACUGAGUGUUUUCCUGUAAUAUUGAUCGUUUGCAACACUACUCCAUUUAAAAACUUACCAGAGAUAUGCGCUUUACUAACUGGGAGCUCUAGAACUCUAGAAGGGAUUGGGAGAGGAUUUAUUGCUGAACUCCAAGCUGAAGCUCAAGGAACAGAGAUCUGAAUUUUCAAGUUGUUUCUGGGGUAACAAAGAAGCUAAAGAGCACAGAGCAACGACAGAAGAAAUGGGAGGGUACGCGCUGGGCUCGGCGUUUGAUUCAAAAUCAGGGCAGAUGAUAAUGGUGUCAUUGCUUUUAAUGUUUGGAUCUUUCUUCCUCGGCAACCUUUUCGGCAAUAAUGCUCCCAUUUAUGUCUCUCAAGUUUCUGAAACUUCUUCAUCGUAUUCGUCUUCAGCUGCUAUCUCUACAUUUAUUAACAAAGUUUCUCUUACUUAUCGAGAAACACCACUUGUAGUCCCAGCAAAUGGAAUGAAUAUAUGUCCAUUGAAGUUCAAUGAGUAUAUCCCUUGUCAUGAUAUCUCUUACGUGAAGCAAUUGGCUCGAGACUUGAAUCUUUCCAAAAGCGAACAGCUAGAGAGACACUGCCCUCCACUUGGAAAGCGUUUAUUUUGUUUGGUGCCACCACCACAAGAUUAUAAAAUUCCCAUAAAGUGGCCAGUGAGCAGGGACUAUGUUUGGCGAAGCAAUGUGAAUCAUACACAUCUAGCUGAAGUUAAAGGAGGACAAAACUGGGUGCAUGAGAAAAAUCAGCUGUGGUGGUUUCCGGGUGGUGGCACUCAUUUCAAGCAUGGUGCAGCUGAGUACAUUCAAAGACUAGGAAAUAUGACAACUGACGAAACAGGUGACCUGCGUUCAGCGGGGUUAGUUCAAGUUCUUGAUGUUGGAUGUGGGGUGGCCAGCUUCUCUGCUUAUCUUCUUCCAUUGGAUAUACAAACAAUGUCUUUUGCACCCAAAGAUGGUCAUGAAAAUCAGAUUCAGUUUGCUUUAGAGCGAGGAAUUGGUGCAAUGAUCUCUGUCAUAGCCUCAAAACAGUUGCCAUAUCCAAGUAACUCUUUUGAGAUGGUUCAUUGUUCUAGAUGUCGUAUUGAUUGGCAUGAAAAUGAUGGUAUUUUACUCAAGGAAGUGAACCGCCUCUUGCGACCUAAGGGAUAUUUUGUCUAUUCGGCUCCACCGGCUUAUAGGAAGGAUAAAGAUUAUCCAGUAAUUUGGAACAAGUUGGUUGAUCUGACUACUGGAAUGUGCUGGAAACUUAUUGCUCGAAAGGUUCAGACUGCUAUCUGGAUCAAAGAGGAAGAUCCAUCAUGCCUUAAGCAUAAUGCAGAGUUGAAAGUCAUUGAUAUUUGUGAUGCCGUAGACGAGACUAAACCAUCAUGGAAGACUCCUCUAAUGAAUUGCAUACAGCUAGCAGGUGCAACAACAGCUUCUAAGAAGCUCCCUUCUAGGCCUGAGCGUCUGUCAGUGUAUUCGGAGAGCCUCAGUAGAAUCGGCAUCAGCAGAGAAGAAUUUAGUUCAGACUCCAACUUCUGGCAAGACCAAGUUCACUAUUACUGGAAGCUGAUGAAUGUUAGCAGGACAGAGAUACGAAAUGUGAUGGACAUGAAUGCCCUUUUUGGUGGUUUUGCUGCAGCUUUGAAUGAAUAUCCUGUUUGGGUAAUGAAUGUAGUCCCUUCAAGCAUGCAAAAUACCUUAUCUGCAAUUUAUGACCGGGGUCUAAUUGGUGCUUUUCAUGAUUGGUGCGAACCAUUUUCAACAUAUCCACGUACUUAUGAUUUACUGCAUGCCAACCAUCUUUUCUCUCAAUAUAAAUAUAGUGGAGAAGGUUGCCAGUUUGAGGAUAUCAUGCUUGAGAUGGACCGCAUUUUAAGACCUCAGGGAUUUGUUAUUAUUAGAGAUGAGGAUUCUAUUAUAUCAAGAAUUCAAGAUCUUGCUCCGAAAUUCCUUUGGGAGUUUGAAUCACAUAUUCUGGAAAACAAGGAGAAGCAAAGAGAAACAUUGCUAAUUUGCAGAAAGAAGUUCUGGGCUGUUCUUUAAAACAUGUUUCUACAAAUAACAGGUGCUAACGAAGCAGCUGUAUGUAUUUCCAACCCUCUCUAUAAGCGUUGUAACUUAUCUACCUUGAGUCUAGGUUCGUGCUUUUCGCCUUUUUUGUCUACACCCCUGUACUUUAUAUAAAUAUUAACCUUAUUAGUGGGAGAAAACACGAGGUUAUAUAUUCAUAAUUUAUUCAUUGCAUUAAA